UUUCUUCUUUGUGAUUCAACAACAAAAGCAAAAAUUUUCUUUCUUUCGGGUUUCAUUGAUUAGAGAAAAUCAUCUGUGAUUUAAAAUCCACUUUUGGUUUUAAUUCUUUUUAAUUAAUCUGAAAGUGGACUAAUUUACUGUUCUCUCUUGGAGAAUAUUUUCUUUUUUCCUUGUGUUAUUUCAAUCGAUCAAUUUGAUUGUGAACUAUUUUUUUUUUAUAGAAACAAAAAGAAAAUUGGAAAAUGAGUCACGAACGAAACUUGAUUCGGAAAGCAUCUCAUUCUGAAACUUGGUAUACCUCAUCAGAAAGAGAAUUAAGGUCACAAUUGGACAAUUGGCUGACCCGAGCUGGAGAAAGUGUUUAUGGUCCUGCCAGGGCGAUUAUCGCUCCACACGCAGGUUACCAAUACUGUGGUUCUUGUGCUGCUCAUGCAUAUAAAGAAAUUAAUCCAACCAUCGUAAAGAGAAUAUUUAUUCUUGGACCUUCCCAUCAUGUAAGAUUAUCUGGUUGUGCUCUUUCUCCAGCCAAAUCAUGUAAAACCCCGUUAGGUGAUCUAAAAGUGGACCGAGCUACUUACGAAACACUUUACAAAACUGGAGCCUUUGAAGAGAUGUCCCUUGAAACGGAUGAAGAUGAACAUAGUAUUGAGAUGCAUUUACCAUUUAUUGCCAAAGUAAUGGAAGGACAUGAUUUCCAAAUAGUACCCGUGAUGGUUGGUUCAUUGUCUAGUGAAAAAGAAGCUUUGUAUGGCCGAUUAUUUGCUCCAUUCCUUUCAAAUGAAGAGAAUUUUUUUGUCAUUUCAUCGGAUUUUUGUCACUGGGGAUCCCGAUUUAAGUAUCAAUACUAUGAUCCUUCUUGGGGAGAAAUUUAUCAAUCCAUUCAGAAACUUGAUGAAAUGGGAAUGAAAAUAAUCGAGAAAACCUCACCCAAAGAGUUUACCUCUUACCUUAAAGACUAUGGUAAUACCAUUUGUGGCCGUCAUCCAAUAGGAGUUUUACUCAACGCUAUUCAUCAUUUAAACACCAAUGAGAAUCACAAUAUAACAAUUAAAUUUCUCAACUAUGCCCAAUCAACCCGAUGUGUCUACAAACAAGAUUCAUCUGUCAGUUAUGCUGCUGCUUCUAUCCGAUUUAAUCGAUGAUAAUCAAAUCAACAAAUUUCAUACAAAUUUACAAAAACCUAAAGUUCAAUAAUGUGACCAAAAUAACCGUUACCUUAUUGAGAUAUGAGAUACAAAAAAAACAGAGCUCAGUCUUUGAUUUCCUUUUCUACUACAGGUACUUAUCAUUAAAUCAACUAACCAUAUAAAUAGCAAUGGUCAUCAUAAUCAUCUUUAAAUCAUCAACAAAAAAGACCAUAAUAACAAAUACACUCACAUACAAAUCAACUUUAAUCCAACUGUAAUAAAGAACCAAAAACAAUAACUCAACAAUAACAAAAAGAAACAUUUUAACUUAAGUGCCUGUAAAUGAUUAAUAUUCAACGGAAAUAAUAUAAGAAAUUAAUUUAACCUUCAUGGAA